UCGUCAAACAGGCACUCAGUCGGACUCCACCUUAAGUUCUUGACAAAGCAGCACCUGUCGGUAAGAUUUGUUUAGAGUUUUCUCAACGAUUUGCGUAUCGUAUCGAUGGAUCCUGUAUUGCUCCUGAAUCAGCCUGUCAGUCCACACAUUGUGGGCAAUCUAUCUGGGAUGUCGACUCAAAGCUCCUCUGACAACAACCUGAAGUUUAUCUGUGAGUUUAAGCCUGGGCCUGGUCUACCACAAGCGUCUGGGGAUGAGGAUUGCAAGUCAGUGUCAGUCAUCCUCCCUGCACAGUGCAGCAUCUACCAGCUGCGGCUACGAAUCUGUAUGCAGGCACAGGAACAAAAUUGCCAUCCAGACCCACUUGCAAUACUGGAUCCGGAGAAAUACACUCUGCUAUAUGACAAGGGGGAAGACUGGUUUGAGGCCUACGAUGACUGUCAGGUUAUCAGGACGUUAGACAUUCCAUGGUCAUGUGACGACACUGGGCGUCUUUUAGCGCACAUAGUGGUACAACCACUGGUGACAGUUGAUUCAGAGGAGAAGAAGAAACAACAACAGUGUCUGGCUUACCUGAUUGGACACAACCUGGAGAAAGAAGCGUCUGAGAGACUUGGGGAGCUCACAUUCACCCGCAGGAAACUGGCAUCUCCGAGAAGACAAGAGCUAAGGAAUCGGGAUAACAAGUUAUAUGCCACAGAGCCUUGGAUAACAUGUGCCCCUAUUCCAAAUGACCUACAGGACCAGCUAAACAGAAAGCUUCCUGUCACCAUGCAUUACAUGAACAAGAUCAGCUUCAGCAUACUGGUUGAUUUUGCUACAACGCCAAAUGUUCUUCUCAAAGUUUUUAGAAGGGUGAUGGCAGACCAGGGUCUUGAUUAUGACACUUCUGAGAGUCCGGUAUUGAAAGUCUCUGGGAGGGAGGAGUUUUUAUCUGGAGACUACUGCCUCAGCGAUUUCCUCUGGGUUCGACAGUGCUUGAAAACCAAUCAAGACCUCCACCUCUCCGUGGUCCCUGUGUCGCAGCUUGUCGAUGAGACUGUCAAGUUUGUGGACUGGCCGCUUGUUGAUGGUUCCAGUGGCCAGUUCAGCUCCCACGAUGAUCUCCGCCUUGAAGGAAAGGAUUUGGAUGACAUCUUCAUGAUAUCCUUGUUGGACUGCAACAGAACACUCCGAGUCAAACUGCUUGGCUUUGACAUCCCAAAACUUCCAAACAAAUGCCCCCAGUCUGUUUAUGUAAAAGCUUCAAUACUUUACGGAAACAAGGUUAUUUCUUCAGUGUCCUCCCUUCCCAAGCCCUUCGCAGAUGAAGUACUGUGGAACGAGUGGCUGGACUUUGAUGUGCUCCUCAGGGAUCUGCCACGUGGAGCCAAGCUGGGUUUCACAAUUAACGCUAGUGGUGGGGACAUCUCUCCAGUAACCAAUGAAUCAAAGCCGCCAUCGUCUUCAGUCAAAAUAGCACCAGACCUUCAGAAAGGGAAGGGGAAGGUGCUCUACUUUGUCAAUCUUCUCCUCAUAGAUCACAGGUCUGUCCUCAGCCAGGGCCCCUACACCCUGCACAUGUGGUCCUACCCUGACCUGGAGGAAGAGGCCAUCACCUACCAGGCAGACAAGCUGUCCUCUGCUACUAACCCAGACAUAGCUGACUCCAUGGCUAUCAGCUUCCUUCUAGACCGCUACAGCUUCCCUGUGGUUCUCCCAAAUAGCUUUAGCCCCUCUGAACGCUCCAACAGUCCCACCUCCAGCCUCACCCAGACCAAAUCUACUGCUUCCUCUUAUGCACUCUCCUCCUCACCCUCCUCAUCCCUUUCCACCUUAUCCAGCACAGAUUCUUCCACUCUGCAUGUGAAACCUCUCCAGGACCCAAUGACUGACAAAGUAACUUUCAGAUCCCCAUCUCCAGUCAUCAGCACCAACAGGGCUUGCCUCAAAAGGUUCCGGGAGGAGAGCAUCCGCUACGCCUCAAGUCUACCCCAUUACCUGCGCAAUGUUGAUUGGAUGAACCGCACAGUUGUUGGGGAUGUCCACUGGCUACUGGGAAACUGGGAUCCUGGGGAGCUGGAUGUAACAGUGGCCCUGGAGCUGUUAAGCAUGGACUUUGCAGAUGAGACGGUCAGGAGACUAGCAGUCCAGAGAUUGGAGAGCCUGUCCAAUGAUGAUGUACUGAAGUAUUUGCUGCAGCUGGUGCAGACCCUCAAAGUGGAACCUUACCAUGACAGUUUCCUCGCUCUGUACCUCAUCCAAAGAGCUCUGCGGAGCAAGAGAAUCGGCCACUUCUUCUUCUGGUAUGUCCGCAGUGAGGUGGCAGGGUGUCCGUACUUCCGCCAGCGCAUGGCUGUGAUUCUGGAGGCCUACCUGCUGGGCUGUGGUCAAGCCAUGCUUGACAGCUUCACCCAGCAGGUCCAGGCUGUGGAGGCCCUACAGGAGGUUGCUAUAACGAUUAAAAACCUCUACCCCGACAAGACUGACCUUCCUCCUACAGCUCCCAUCAAGCUUCAAGAGCUUCUUAGAAACUGUAAUCUGCCAAAUGAAUUCCUGCUGCCCUUUGACCCCCGCAUCAAAGUUGGACAGAUCCUGCUGGACAAAUGCAAGGUGAUGGCCUCUAAGAAGAAGCCACUGUGGCUGGAGUUCUCUCCCAUGCCGUCGCCCACCUCUGCUACACCUGUCGGAAUAAUCUUCAAACAGGGGGACGACCUCAGGCAGGACAUGCUGAUCAUUCAGACACUGGUGGUGAUGGACUCUAUCUGGCAAGAGAAAUCUCUGGAUCUUAACCUUGUGCCAUAUGGCUGCAUCUCCACAGGACACAACAUAGGUAUGAUUGAGAUUGUGAGGAAUGCAGCGACCAUCGCUGCAGUCCAGAGGAACCAUGGAGGAACGACUGGAGCCUUCAGAAACGAUGCUCUGUUCGAGUGGCUCAAGUCCAAAUGUCCACUCCAGGAAAUUCACUACAAGACUGUGGAGAGAUUUGUGAAGUCCUGUGCUGGUUACUGUGUGGCUACCUAUGUAUUGGGUAUAGGAGAUCGACACAAUGACAACAUCAUGAUCACAGACCAAGGGAACCUGUUUCACAUCGACUUCGGUCACAUUCUGGGGAACAGGAAGCACUUCCUUGGCAUGAGCAGGGAGCGUGUACCAUUCGUCCUCACACCUGACUUCCUGUAUGUCAUGGGCAGGGUCAAAGGGCGCAACAGCCUCUACCUUCAGCGGUUCAGGGACACUUGCACUCAAGCAUACCUCUCCCUGCGUGCGCACUCUCGUCUGCUGGUCACUCUUUUCUCCCUCAUGCUACUGACGGGUAUCCCAGAGCUGAGUGCUGCAGAGGACAUGCGUUACCUGCGGGAGGCGCUUCAGGAGGAACAGGGUGAGGCAGAGGCCAAGGAGCAUUUCCUCCAGCAAAUCUCUGAGUGUGAGCGGCUGGGCUGGACCGUGCAGGCCAACUGGUGGAUCCACAUGGUGGCAGGCAUCAAGUAGACUGUUGGUGAUUUGAAAUUUGAAAUCAUGCUGCUUCAGGGCUGAAGGUGGGGAAAUGUUCACAUGUCUAUAUGUGACAUUGUUUAUUUUUAUGUAUUAUUAUCAUUAUUAUUCUUCAUGUAUUGUCUAGUGUCCCUCUCCUCACUCGAGAGCCACGGGCUGUUAUAGGCAUUUAGUGGCAAAGAAGCUCCACCACCUUUCUAAACAAUAGGGGCAAAAACACUGCAAGCAAAAUGGGACAGCCAGAGGCAUAAAAUGGGUGGAGGGCAAAGUUCAAAUAAAUGAACUGUGACCUGGCGGGAUGGAAAAUUGUGGCACGGUAACCAAUAACAUUUGACAAUUCAAUUCAAAGGGCUUUAUUGGCAUGAAAGUUUCAAGAACAAUGUUGCCAAAGCAUCAAAAUAUAAUUUGUCCAGAUAUUUGGACAGCACACUAACAGUAAUAUGAAAAUUAACAUAACAUUAAGACUGAUAUACUGUAUAUUAAUUUUCAAUCGAUUGAUAGAAAGGGGUACAGUAGCCACAUUGAAUGAAUAUACAGUAUAUGACAUUUCUGUGUGUAAGCUAAACAUAGGUGUAAGCAGCAGUAAACUGCAUUCAGAUUGACUGAACAGCACACAUCUGCCCACAGUCGGCUGAACGGGGGAGAUAAGUUUUGCCCCAGCUGGAAGGUGUACAAGAUCAGGUGGAGGCAGUUAUGAGUGGCUAUUAGUUCCCAGACAUGAGAUUCAUCAAGGGCUGCUGUAACAAGGCUGCAGUGGUUGCCAUGGCAAAUGUCACACAUCAUGAAACUACUUAACAUCAUGACUUGAGCACUGAAUGUUUUUUCAUAUGUUAGAAUGUAUAACCUAAGUUUUUGACAUAAAACACGUUCACCCAAAAUUUGUAAUGUAUGAAGUGGUUUGCAAGGUCAAAGGGGAACUCUACACGUCAAGUCAUUUUACUCGUCAUGCCUUUUAUCAAAUCAAAUAAUGAUUCAUUUCAUGCACUGUAACUUUUACUCUCCUGAUUUAUCUUGUUUGUAUUUUCUAGUUAAUGCUUUAAUUGUAUUUAAAUGUCUUUAUAUUGCCCUAUGUUGCUUUUAUGUUUUAUGCAAAGCACUUUGAGUUGCCUUGUUAUUGAAAUGUGCUAUACAAAUAAACUUGCCUUGCCUUGC